AUGCAACGCCUGGGACCCUGGUCGCGGGAGGCCUGGACCGUACUGGCCCUCCAUCUCCUGCGUUCUUCCCGCUCCCCCAACACCGGGGGGCUAUUUUUCCACUGCGUGCAAGGAGGCCUGGUGCAGUCCAGCGCGCGGGAGUUUGCAGAGGCCAGAAUGAAGACUCAGCUGGAAUUAAAUAAAGAGAAAUCCAGUUUUGUUAUCAAGACUCCCAAGGGUACCAGAGAUCUUAGCCCUCAACAGAUGGCUAUUCGAGAGAAAAUCCUUAAUGCUGUCAUCAAUUGUUUCAAGUGCCAUGGAGCUAAAGGAAUAGACACUCCAGUGUUUGAACUAAAGGAAAUAUUAACAGAGAAGUAUGGAGAAGAAUCCAGGCUCAUCUAUGAACUGAAGGAUCAGGGUGGGGAGCUGCUAGCUCUUCGAUAUGACCUCACAGUCCCUUUUGCUCGUUAUCUGGCCAUGAAUAAGAUAAAGAAGAUGAAACGCUAUCAUGUUGGGAAGGUUUGGCGAAGGGAGAGUCCUUCCAUAAUUCAAGGUCGAUAUCGGGAGUUUUGCCAAUGCGAUUUUGACAUUGCAGGGCAAUUUGAUCCCAUGAUCCCUGAUGCAGAGUGUUUAAAGAUCAUACAUGAAAUUCUCAGCACAUUGCAAUUGGGAGACUUCCUAAUUAAGGUGAAUGACAGGAGAGUUGUGGAUGGUAUGUUUGCUGUCUGUGGUGUCCCUGAUAACAAAUUUCGUUUUAUCUGUGCUUCAGUGGAUAAGCUUGGCAAGAUGUCCUGGAAGGAUGUGAGACAAGAGAUGACAGGAAAGAUUGGACUCACCCCUGAUGUAGCAGAUCAAAUUGGGGAUUACAUUCAGCAGUGUGGUGGAGUGUCCCUAGUAGAGCAGCUACUACAGGAUCCCAAACUCUCACAGAACAAGCAGGCCCUAGAGGGAUUAAAGGACUUGAAACUUCUGUUUGAGUAUCUGACCCUGUUUGGUAUUGCAGAGAAGAUUUCCUUUGACUUGAGCCUGGCUCGAGGCCUGGACUAUUAUACAGGGGUGAUCUAUGAAGCAGUGCUUCUUCAGAGCCCAACCCAACAGGGGGAGGAAGCACUUGGUGUGGGCAGUGUGGCUGCUGGAGGGCGCUAUGAUGGACUUGUUGGCAUGUUUGACCCCAAGGGUCGCAAGGUGCCAUGUGUGGGGCUCAGCAUUGGGGUUGAAAGGAUCUUCUCCAUUGUGGAACAAAGGAUGGAGGUAGGACCUCUGAUUAGAGCCACUAAGAAAAUACAAACAACAGAGACACAGGUCCUUGUGGCUACAGCACAAAAGAAUUUUCUUAGGGAACGAAUGAAACUGAUUGCAGAGCUCUGGGAUGCUGGGAUCAGGGCUGAGAUGCUGUAUAAGAAGAAUCCCAGUUUCCUGACUCAGCUACAUUACUGUGAGGAGACAGGCAUCCCAUUAGUGGCCAUCAUUGGAGAGCAAGAGCUAAAGGAUGGUGUCAUUAAGCUUCGUUCUGUGGCUAGUAGGAAAGAGGUAGACAUUAAACGGGAAGAUAUUGUAACUGAAAUCCAGAGGAGAAUGUCUGAAUCCUGAUCAUAUCUAUUCUUCAUCUGCUACUUGUUCCCACUGGUAUAAAUCUAGUCCAUUAUGGAGGCUCUCCAGUUUCACUUUUGAGCCAGGAUUGACUGCACAUCCUUCUACCUCUUCUUAGCAGCUUCCUCCCAAUGCUCCUUGUUUGGAGAUGGGGGAGAAUCAAUGGUACAUAGGCUCCUGAUUCCUCUUGCUUUAAAAUCAUUGGUGUUUGAGAGAAAGCAGAACAUCCACUUUUAACAGCUGGGUAUAGUGUCUUCUAGAGUAAGACUAUGUCAGAGAGACAUUACAGUCUGUCCUGUCACCGACUACAAACAAGAAGUAAGUUGAAUUGUGUUCUCUGAGCAGUCUGAAAAUGUUUAAACUGAAGAAAUCCUGAAAUGUGAGGGAGUUCUUUCUGAGGUCAGAAUUCAAACCCUCAGUUUCUUUCUCUUUCUUUCUUUUUUUUUUAACCCUUACAUUCUAUCCUCAUAAUAAUCCUAAAACAGAAGGGCAAGGGCCAGGCAAAUGGGAAUUAAGUAACUUGAUCAUAUAUCAAGAUACUUCCUCAUGUCUGAGGCCAGAUUUAAGACUAAGGUUUGAACUAACCAUGUCUUGCUUUAGGUGUUAAACGGAGACAGAAAGGAAAGAACAGUGGCUGUCUUGGUUGAGUCUAAGCUCAAAAGGGGGUGUGGAAUGGACAGCUAAUUCCCUCCCAGCUUUUCUCCCUUGUGCCAGGAAUAAGCUAAUGCUUAGCUUCCUCAUGGUUUUGAAUAUUGAGUUCACACUCUUAUCUCUUCUCUUCAUUCAGGUCUUUAUCUUUUAAGUGAAGAGGUUUCAACAGAUGACCUCUUGAGAUGUCUCCAAUUGUGCAUGUAUGAAUUAUGUCUCCAUGAAUUGUAACAACUAAAAGGAUGUGGUUUCUCCUCUUCACUGAUAUAUUUGUACAACUAUUGUUCUGAUCUUUUUCCCAAAACAGCUGCUGUGGCUUAUCAUGAGUAGCUUUUCAGAGAUUACUUGAUAAUAUAUUAAAGGUAUAAGUAAUUUGGAUAA